UGAUAUUAUACAUUCUCAUCAAAGCAGCUACAGCAUUAUUUUAAAUUUAUUUCAUCUUUGAUUUCCAGUUGACCAUUUAUUGUUUUUCAUUCUAUUUUUGUUCUUGUAUAUCAGUUUGCAUAUACAUUUGCAGUGCUGGGUGAGGCCAAUGUGGUCACCAGCUCAGCUCAGCCCUGCUCAAAGCCAAUGAUAGUCAGAGGUUCUGCUGGGGCACUGGCCCGGACCUCUUGCCUCCACAUUUCAUUUAUAUAUAAUGAGGGAGAGGUAAAAAAGGAGAGCUAGACGUUAAGUAACCAUCAGUAACCAAUGGCUGUAGCUCCUUUCUUGUGACCGCGCGCAGCGUCAGACCUGCACGCUGCGUUCGAAGGGACUGAUGGCACAGUGCUUCAGGCAACGCCACAAACCUGCUUCCACUGUUCAGUACAUGCAAGACAGGAUGAGUCUGGAGUCCCAUCUGCGAGCAUGAUCUACAAAUAAAUCUACAGGGGACAAAAUCAGGGUUUACCUCUCUGCAGGGGUCAUUCUCUCUGACUCAGUGUCUGUUAUUUAGAGAUGAUAUAAAAUUGACGCCAAUCAUCAUCCCUGGAUUUCCCUGGCCUUAUGUUGACAUGGCAACAGGAAGGAAAAGCUCCACUUCAAAAGGUGGAGUACAUUUCCCUGAUGAUGAUGAAGACUCUCCCAUUAACAAUAGCUGUGAUGAAAAUCUUCAGGACAAAGUCAUCACUGCUCUACCAGAACCUGAUGGUGCAUAUCUCGUUAAGGUGGGCUUUUUAAGGAGCCAUCACAAAUAUGAAAUCGUCUUUUCUUUGCCGCAAGUCCCAACACUAGGCAAAGAUGUCACCCUUUCUCCCGCACUACGCACUACUGCAAAACCACGACUACGUGCAACGCGCAUCACACCACGCCCUGAGGGGGGAGUGAGGGUGGCUUGUGAGUACAGCGCUCAGCAGGAGGGAGUGGUGCAAGAGGAACUCACCCUGGUCAACAGGAGCAGAAGGGACAGCAGCGUCCGAGUUCGAUUACAGGCCAGAGUCAUGGAUCGCCACCACGGGACACCUAUGUUACUUGAUGGAGUGCGGUGUGUUGGUGAAGAAAAACACACAAAAUAAUGGCACAGAGAAAAUGAAGAAAUCGGUUUGCUUGAGUGUAUGAUGAGAAUAAACCAAAAUGAAUGAAUGCACAUGUUAAUGUAUCUCAGAAUAUGAACAACCCCGUCACACACCCAUCCAUAGAGGAUCACAACUUAAUUGUUUCUGCACUAAAGCAAAAUUAGAGCCGCUAUUCUAGAGUCUUCGUAUCACAGGUCUGCUAAUGGCAUCACACAUUUUUAUUACAGUAAAAUUAAUUCAAAAAGCAAUUUAAAAAGAAAAGCAAUAUCAAUGCAUCUGGCCUUUUGCAAGCACUACCUGAACCUAAUACCUGAAGGUGGAAUGUAUGUAUAAUCAUGUGCAUAAUACACUGUAUAUACACGAUUAUAUAUAAUCAUAUGUCAUUCUCUUGCUUAAAUGCUUUGCAACCAUAAUCAAUCCUUCCAACUGCUGUGAUUCAUUUCUCAAAUAUGAUGUGAUGUGUUAAUUUUUAAAAAAGUAGGCUGUAUAAAACACUUGUUGAAUGCUUCAUGCACAAAUAAUUUUGCGAUAGGCAUUGCGAUGCAUUGGUCUACCCAAACAUAACUUGGGAACGGACAUUAUCAUCAUACCCGCAGGGAACAUAAGCAGUUUGAGGAUAGUACCACCUAGUGGUCAAAAAAUAAAUCACGCCAUAAACCUGCUAGAGCAGGGGUAGGCAACGUUGGUCCUGGAGUGCCUAUGUCCUGCAGAGUUUAGCUCCAACCCUGAAAAAGCCUCACCUGCCUGUAGCCCUAGUAAUUCUGAAGACCUUGAUUAUCUUGUUCAGGUGUGUUCAGGUGUGGACAGCGGCACUCCAGGACCGACGUUGCCUACCCCUGUGCUAGAGUCUUUUCAGUAAUUUAGAGACAGCUAUUAUUUUGAUCUUCCUUGGGAGUCCAGUGUCUUGGUCUAACAUAUUUCCUGUAGUUUUAACAGGAUUUUUUGCAACUCUUACUGUAAAAUUCAUCUUCACUACGCAGUUGCUCUCUAAACCAACACAACAGUCAAACUUCCACACAAAAAUAAAAUAAAAAUAAAAAAAACCUUGGAAGACAGCCAAACGAAAUAUAGCAUAUUCUUCUUCUCAGCUUUUCAAUUUGAGAUCUUAUAUCAGACCAAUAAGCUUCCAAAACAUUUUAUGUAUUUUAAUAGCGUGAUUGCUUUACAGCGUUUUUGCUGUGGGCAGUAACACAAAAAAAUUGUGUAAAAAAUAUCAUCUCGCCUAAUCUUGGCUUGCAAAAGCAAACAGCAAGGGAAGUAGCACCUUCUAACAACACUAGAUGGUGUUGCUGCCUGUGUUAUUCUUCAACAACAACAAAAAACAAUUGGAAGGCCUGCAUUCUCUAUAUACUGAUGUGAAAACCACUUAAAAUGAUUUGAAUCGACCAAAAAGGCAUUUGUAAGUAAAACAAACAAACAAACAAACAAAACUGCAUUUAGUAAUAACAAAAUGUACGGGCUCUACUGGUCUGAAAUCAUGUGUUCAGAAUGUUCUUGAGAAAAGGUAUAAGGAAGCGCAUAGUAGAAGAGACAUUAAUGUCAUAACACCACAAGAAAACAAAAGGUUUAGAACAUCAACUGAAUUAAUGAAAUACAAAUAAAAGAUACAAAUCUUA